AUGGAAAAAUAUUUAUUUUAUGAAAAUAAAAUUGAUUCUUUAUUAAUCGACAUUGUUCGGUUUAUAAUAUCACCUAUUCAUCGUUUUACACAAGUCAAAUCAUUAAUACUUUGUGGUUCAACACUUAUGUCAUUGGAUGUUCUUAAAACAAUAAUGGAUUUUAAUCAAAUAGAAAAAUUUGAUUUUUUUCUUAUUGAAUCAUUAUCAACACAUGAACUUAACAUAUUAAUAAAACAUUGUCCUAGAUUAAAUUUUCUUAUUAUGGAUUAUAAUUCAUUGUUUGUUAGACUAUCACAAAUUCAUACUCUUAGGUUAGAUGUUGAUUUUCUAUCGUUAUCUAUUGAUAAUUUUUGGCAUACCGCACAAAAUGUUAAAACUCUUGAAAUUUCAAUUAAUUCAAAAGAUAUGAUGCUUGAUAUUGUAGAUCAAUUUGAUGAUAUUGAUAAUUUUCUAUUCUCAUGUGAUGAGUUUUCAGAAGAUGAAUAUUUAGAAGUCUUCAUUGACAAAUUGCAUUUUCAUUGA